ACAUGUGCAUAUGUAAAAUUUUCGAAUCAUCGAUUGAAACAUUAUAGAAAAAAAUGUGGUGAAAAACUCAUGCGAGUCAUAAAAUCACCAUCAGGGGUAACAAUUUUAGUGCCUUUUAAAUCAUAUUGUUACAGAUCAAUUCAGAAGUCCUUAGAAGUAUUAACAAACAGGGAAGGAUUUGAAACUGAUUGCGAAAAAUGGAGAAAUUUGAAAUCUUAUCCAGAUACAUACAGUGACAUUUUUGAUGGUGAAAUAUGGAAAAAAUUUUCACGCACAGGAGAAUGGUAUUUUUCAGAACCUAGGCACUAUGCAGUAAUGUUAAAUAUAGAUUGGUUUCAGCCGUUCAAACAUUUGUCCAGUUAUUCUAUUGGUGGUAUAUAUCUCGUUGUUUUAAAUCUUCCACGUGUUGAGCGAUUUAAAAGAGAGAACGUUAUUCUUGUUGGAAUUAUCCCAAAUAUGCAGAAAGAACCUCCAACUAACACCUUUAUAGCACCUUUAAUAAGUGAAUUAAAUACUGCAUGGCAUCAAGGAUUCACUAUUGUCUAUGCGUUAUCAGGAAAAUUAGAAGUAUUUCGAUUAGCAUUACUGUGUGUUGGAUGUGAUAUACCCGCAUGUAGAAAGUUAUGUGGUUAUUUAGGUGAGUUUUUAGUUUUUUCUAUGUUUCUAUAAGUAUAACUUUUCUCAACAUGCUGUUAAAGUAUUAUGUAUUGUGUUCACAUGUGUCAAUAAAUGAUUUAUGGAUGAAACAAACGUAAGGGAAGAAACUUUGACGGGAAGAAAAUUUAGUGAAAGUAAAUUUGGCAGAAUUUUAUUUGGCGGAUGAAAAGAAACAUGAAAGUUGAUUUUUUCUUUUUAAAUCAUUGCUUUUUUCUUUUUAAACGAUAAACUUAGUUGAAAAGAAAGUCACUCGUCGUCAAAUACUAAAAUAAAAAACUUACCAAUCAGACUUUUUUUAAAUUGACGGAGAGCAAAAAAUUAUUAAUUUUGGCGUUUUGAGAAGAAAAUUUAGUGAAAGUAAAUUUGGCAGAAUUUUAUUUGGCGGAUGAAAACAAACAUGAAAGUUGAUUUUUUCUUUUUAAAUCGUUGCUUUUUUCUUUUUAAACCAUAAACUUAGUUGAAAAGAAAGUCACUCGUCGUCAAAUACUAAAAUAAAAAACUUACCAAUCAGACUUUUUUAAAAUUGACGGAGAGCAAAAAAUUAUUAAUUUUGGCGUGAAUUGAAUUUGGUGGAUUUUGUAAAUUUUACAAAUUCGCAAUGUUGUUGUUUUUUAUUUGAAUAUAGGUCAUGCAGCUGCUCAUGGAUGUUCGAAAUGCAAGAAGGUUUUUCCUGGCAAAGUGGGUGAACGAGAUUAUAGUGGUUUUGAUGUUGACAGUUAGGAAAAACGAACAACAGAAGAGCAUAGAGAGCAAAUGAUGGAAAUUCUCGAAGCUGACACAGCUAAUGAUCGGGACAAAUUGGAAUCAAUGUAUGGCACAAGAUAUUCUGUUCUUGCAGAAUUGUCUUAUUUUGAUACAGUACGAAUGUCAAUCGUUAAUCCUAUGCACAAUUUA